CACGUGCAUGUGAGGCAGAUCGAUAGGGGUCUUGGGAUACCCGGGCUGAGGGACUUGGGAAAACUGAGGCCGCAGUCGGAAGAAAGGUGAGGGAUUUAGCGGCGUUGACGAGCCCUGCAGGGGCUGAUGGCCACACCAGAGGGCGCCCCGGAGCGUGGCCCGGCCCCCACCGGAGCCCGGCCCCUUCCCUGCUUUCCCGCCCCGGGCCGGAUCCGCUGUCAGCGCUCGGCUGCCUCCGUCUCCGCGAACCCACGCAGAUCCUCAGCACAGCAGCACAGCAUGGCAGGCGUGGAGCAGCAUGACGGCACCAUCCAAGUGCAGGGCCAGAGCCUCUUCUUCCGCGAGGCGCGGCCAGGCGGUGGACAGAUCUCCCGCUUGUCCGUGCUGCUGCUGCAUGGCAUCCGAUUCUCCUCUGAGACCUGGCAGAACCUGGGCACACUGCAGAAGCUGGCUCAGGCUGGCUACUGGGCUGUGGCCAUUGACCUGCCAGGCCUGGGGCGCUCCAAGGAAGCAGCAGCCCCUGCCCCUAUCGGGGAGCUGGCCCCUGGCAGCUUUCUGGCUGCUGUGGUGGAUGCCUUGGAGCUGGGGCCGCCGGUUGUGAUCAGCCCAUCACUGAGCGGCAUGUACUCCCUGCCCUUCCUUAUGGCUCCUGGCUCCCAGCUCCAGGGCUAUGUGCCUGUGGCUCCCAUCUGCACUGAGAAAAUCAAUGCUGCCGACUAUGCUGGUGUGAAGACUCCAGCUUUGAUUGUAUAUGGAGACAAGGACCCCAUGGGCCAGACCAGCUUUGAGCAUCUGAAGCAGCUGCCCAACCACCGGGUGCUGGUCAUGAAGGGGGCGGGGCACCCUUGCUACCUGGACAAGCCUGAGGAGUGGCAUGCAGGGCUGCUAGAGUUUCUACAGGGUUUGGCAUGAGGCCCAGCCCUCCUCGGGGUGGGCUGCCUGCCUGCCUUGGGGUCUGUCUCUCUCUCUCCCUUCAUGGACUCUGCUUCAUCAUGCACAUGCAGCAGGUGUGUGUAUGUGUCUGCCUAUCUGUCUGUGUUCUUGUCUGUUGGGGUCUGUCUUUUCUUUCUCUUGCGGUGGCGGACUGAGGAGGUGAAACCAAGAGAAAAAAGCUUGGGAAUCAAGAGAUGCAAUCUGGUGGAGGGUAAUCCAUUAGAUGUACUCCUCCUCUAGGCUUUCUUGCUGUCCUUCCUCUGCUCUGCCAAGUCUCCCCCUCCCACCUCUUCCUGCGCUGCCCUGCUGUCCAAUUACCCCCAGGUCUUAGGCCACAGAUACCUACAUGUCCAUAUGCAAGCUCACACAUUUAGAGCCAUCCAUGUUCCGAAACAGUUCUUCACGCGGGAGCACCGCACAGGUGCAUGCAGCUCCAGACAGACCUUCUCAUUGUCAUGUGCACACACAUACACACACAUAUAUGUGCCUGCACAUGAGUACUUGCUCCCAAUUCUGCAGCCCUCCACUGUCUGGGAAGAUGAAGACCCCAUGGGCCAACCCUUGAGAGAAAUUCUCUUCUGGGCAUGGGGUAUGGUCAGCCCUGGACUCCACUCACCUGCUGGUUGCAGCUAGCUCUGGCCUAGAAUUUUCCCCCAAAAGAGGAGGCCCCCCCAGAUCUCCCUGCUUUUUGCUUUUUCCCUUCAUCUGCUGCCGCCGCUUCCCCCCAGUUUAUCAGGCCUUGGUCAUAUAAGCCAGGCUUGUUUCUUGCCCCGAGGUUUGGGAGGCGGGAGACGGGAGAGUAGAGGUCGUUGGUGAAAUAAAGUGAUGCAAUUAGA